AUGGCGGCGCACGAGGCACGGGCGCCAGCGCUGCAGCGCGUCGGCACACCCGAGGAGCCGCGCGUGGGCUUGGUGGCCACGAAGCACCGGGUGCGUCUGGACGGCGACGCCUGGGCGCGCGUCCUUGAGGCGUGCCCGGACCUGCUCAAGCAGGAGUUCACCAGCGAUGUCUGCGACGCCACGUCGCUGCCGCCGACCUCGAUGCGGCGGCUGGUGCUCGCGGCGGGCAGCCUUGUUGCCGACUUCGAGCUCGCGCACAGCGGGCUGGCGAGGACCGAGCUGAAUGAGCAGAUCGCCCGCUCCCCCUUCACCCGCACGUGGGCGCUGUACCAGCGCGUCGCUGCGCCGGAAGAGACGCUGGCCCCCCGCGCUGCGCCGCCUGCCGCCCUUCAGGACUCCGAGAGCUUCGCGUCACUGGACGUCGAGGAGCCGCCGGCUGUGCUGCGGCGGGAGGGGACGCCGGAGGUGGCGACCAUGGUGGCGCACGAGGCACGGGCGCCAGCGCUGCAGCGCGUCGGCACACCCGAGGAGCCGCGCGUGGGCUUGGUGGCCACGACGCACCGGGUGCGUCUGGACGGCGACGCCUGGGCGCGCGUCCUUGAGGCGUGCCCGGACCUGCUCAAGCAGGAGUUCACCAGCGAUGUCUGCGACGCCACGUCGCUGCCGCCGACCUCGAUGCGGCGGCUGGUGCUCGCGGCGGGCAGCCUUGUUGCCGACUUCGAGCUCGCGCACGGCGGGCUGGCGAGGACCGAGCUGAAUGAGCAGAUCGCCCGCUCCCCCUUCACCCGCACGUGGGCGCUGUACCAGCGCGUCGCUGCGCCGGAAGAGACGCUGGGCCCCCGCGCUGCGCCGCCUGCCACCCUUCAGGACUCCGAGAGCUUCGCGUCACUGGACGUCGAGGAGCCGCCGGCUGUGCUGCGGCGGGAGGGGACGCCGGAGGUAGCGACCAUGGUGGCGCACGAGGCACGGGCGCCAGCGCUGCAGCGCGUCGGCACACCCGAGGAGCCGCGCGUGGGCUUGGUGGCCACGACGCACCGGGUGCGUCUGGACGGCGACGCCUGGGCGCGCGUCCUUGAGGCGUGCCCGGACCUGCUCAAGCGGGAGUUCACCAGCGAUGUCUGCGACGCCACGUCGCUGCCGCCGACCUCGAUGCGGCGGCUGGUGCUCGCGGCGGGCAGCCUUGUUGCCGACUUCGAGCUCGCGCACGGCGGGCUGGCGAGGACCGAGCUGAAUGAGCAGAUCGCCCGCUCCCCCUUCACCCGCACGUGGGCGCUGUACCAGCGCGUCGCUGCGCCGGAAGAGACGCUGGCCCCCCGCGCUGCGCCGCUGGAGGAGGCCCCCAUGGUGGUCGUGAGCGACGUGCCUGCGGAGCACGAGCUGUCGCAGCGCACCGCGGAGCCGGUAGGCUUCUCGCGCGACGACCUCGCGUCAGCAGGGCCUGCAGCGCUGCAGCGCGUCGGCACACCCGAGGAGCCGCGCGUGGGCUUGGUGGCCACGACGCACCGGGUGCGUCUGGACGGCGACGCCUGGGCGCGCGUCCUUGAGGCGUGCCCGGACCUGCUCAAGCAGGAGUUCACCAGCGAUGUCUGCGACGCCACGUCGCUGCCGCCGACCUCGAUGCGGCGGCUGGUGCUCGCGGCGGGCAGCCUUGUUGCCGACUUCGAGCUCGCGCACGGCGGGCUGGCGAGGACCGAGCUGGAUGAGCAGAUCGCCCGCUCCCCCUUCAUCCGCACGUGGGCGCUGUACCAGCGCGUCGCUGCGCCGGAAGAGACGCUGGGCCCCCGCGCUGCGACGCUGGAGGAGGCCCCCAUGGUGGUUGUGAGCGACGUGCCUGCGGAGCACGAGCUGUCGCAGCGCACCGCGGAGCCGGUAGGCUUCUCGCGCGACGACCUCGCGUCAGCAGGGCCUGCAGCGCUGCAGCGCGUCGGCACACCCGAGGAGCCGCGCGUGGGCUUGGUGGCCACGACGCACCGGGUGCGUCUGGACGGCGACGCCUGGGCGCGCGUCCUUGAGGCGUGCCCGGACCUGCUCAAGCAGGAGUUCACCAGUGAUGUCUGCGACGCCACGUCGCUGCCGCCGACCUCGAUGCGGCGGCUGGUGCUCGCGGCGGGCAGCCUUGUUGCCGACUUCGAGCUCGCGCACGGCGGGCUGGCGAGGACCGAGCUGGAUGAGCAGAUCGCUCGCUCCCCCUUCACCCGCACGUGGGCGCUGUACCAGCGCGUCGCUGCGCCGGAAGAGACGCUGGGCCCCCGCGCUGCGCCGCCUGCCGCCCUUCAGGACUCCGAGAGCUUCGCGUCACUGGACGUCGAGGAGCCGCCGGCUGUGCUGCGGCGGGAGGGGACGCCGGAGGUGGCGACCAUGGUGGCGCACGAGGCACGGGCGCCAGCGCUGCAGCGCGUCGGCACACCCGAGGAGCCGCGCGUGGGCUUGGUGGCCACGACGCACCGGGUGCGUCUGGACGGCGACGCCUGGGCGCGCGUCCUUGAGGCGUGCCCGGACCUGCUCAAGCAGGAGUUCACCAGCGAUGUCUGCGACGCCACGUCGCUGCCUCCGACCUCGAUGCGGCGGCUGGUGCUCGCGGCGGGCAGCCUUGUUGCCGACUUCGAGCUCGCGCACGGCGGGCUGGCGAGGACCGAGCUGGAUGAGCAGAUCGCUCGCUCCCCCUACACCCGCACGUGGGCGCUGUACCAGCGCGUCGCUGCGCCGGAAGAGACGCUGGGCCCCCGCGCUGCGCCGCCUGCCGCCCUUCAGGACUCCGAGAGCUUCGCGUCACUGGACGUCGAGGAGCCGCCGGCUGUGCUGCGGCGGGAGGGGACGCCGGAGGUGGCGACCAUGGUGGCGCACGAGGCACGGGCGCCAGCGCUGCAGCGCGUCGGCACACCCGAGGAGCCGCGCGUGGGCUUGGUGGCCACGACGCACCGGGUGCGUCUGGACGGCGACGCCUGGGCGCGCGUCCUUGAGGCGUGCCCGGACCUGCUCAAGCGGGAGUUCACCAGCGAUGUCUGCGACGCCACGUCGCUGCCGCCGACCUCGAUGCGGCGGCUGGUGCUCGCGGCGGGCAGCCUUGUUGCCGACUUCGAGCUCGCGCACGGCGGGCUGGCGAGGACCGAGCUGGAUGAGCAGAUCGCCCGCUCCCCCUUCACCCGCACGUGGGCGCUGUACCAGCGCGUCGCUGCGCCGGAAGAGACGCUGGCCCCCCGCGCUGCGCCGCCUGCCACCCUUCAGGACUCCGAGAGCUUCGCGUCACUGGACGUCGAGGAGCCGCCGGCUGUGCUGCGGCGGGAGGGGACGCCGGAGGUGGCGACCAUGGUGGCGCACGAGGCACGGGCGCCAGCGCUGCAGCGCGUCGGCACACCCGAGGAGCCGCGCGUGGGCUUGGUGGCCACGACGCACCGGGUGCGUCUGGACGGCGACGCCUGGGCGCGCGUCCUUGAGGCGUGCCCGGACCUGCUCAAGCGGGAGUUCACCAGCGAUGUCUGCGACGCCACGUCGCUGCCGCCGACCUCGAUGCGGCGGCUGGUGCUCGCGGCGGGCAGCCUUGUUGCCGACUUCGAGCUCGCGCACGGCGGGCUGGCGAGGACCGAGCUGGAUGAGCAGAUCGCCCGCUCCCCCUUCACCCGCACGUGGGCGCUGUACCAGCGCGUCGCUGCGCCGGAAGAGACGCUGGCCCCCCGCGCUGCGCCGCCUGCCACCCUUCAGGACUCCGAGAGCUUCGCGUCACUGGACGUCGAGGAGCCGCCGGCUGUGCUGCGGCGGGAGGGGACGCCGGAGGUGGCGACCAUGGUGGCGCACGAGGCACGGGCGCCAGCGCUGCAGCGCGUCGGCACACCCGAGGAGCCGCGCGUGGGCUUGGUGGCCACGACGCACCGGGUGCGUCUGGACGGCGACGCCUGGGCGCGCGUCCUUGAGGCGUGCCCGGACCUGCUCAAGCAGGAGUUCACCAGCGAUGUCUGCGACGCCACGUCGCUGCCGCCGACCUCGAUGCGGCGGCUGGUGCUCGCGGCGGGCAGCCUUGUUGCCGACUUCGAGCUCGCGCACGGCGGGCUGGCGAGGACCGAGCUGGAUGAGCAGAUCGCUCGCUCCCCCUUCACCCGCACGUGGGCGCUGUACCAGCGCGUCGCUGCGCCGGAAGAGACGCUGGGCCCCCGCGCUGCGCCGCCUGCCGCCCUUCAGGACUCCGAGAGCUUCGCGUCACUGGACGUCGAGGAGCCGCCGGCUGUGCUGCGGCGGGAGGGGACGCCGGAGGUGGCGACCAUGGUGGCGCACGAGGCACGGGCGCCAGCGCUGCAGCGCGUCGGCACACCCGAGGAGCCGCGCGUGGGCUUGGUGGCCACGACGCACCGGGUGCGUCUGGACGGCGACGCCUGGGCGCGCGUCCUUGAGGCGUGCCCGGACCUGCUCAAGCAGGAGUUCACCAGCGAUGUCUGCGACGCCACGUCGCUGCCGCCGACCUCGAUGCGGCGGCUGGUGCUCGCGGCGGGCAGCCUUGUUGCCGACUUCGAGCUCGCGCACGGCGGGCUGGCGAGGACCGAGCUGGAUGAGCAGAUCGCUCGCUCCCCCUUCACCCGCACGUGGGCGCUGUACCAGCGCGUCGCUGCGCCGGAAGAGACGCUGGGCCCCCGCGCUGCGACGCUGGAGGAGGCCCCCAUGGUGGUCGUGAGCGACGUGCCUGCGGAGCACGAGCUGUCGCAGCGCACCGCGAAGCCGUCUGUGCUGCGGCGGGACGGGAUGGUGGAGAGUCGUGUAGUCUCUGAAGGUGACGCCAUGGGGGAGUGUUGUCAUGCGGAUGGUGAUGAUGUUAUUUUUUUUCUGGAGGCUGAUGGAUUAUCUGGCGACGUCCUCAUGAGUUCUCCAAGAGUUGUUUUACGGGCUUCUUCAUCGUCGUUGUCCGUUUCGGUGUCUGUAGCCGAGGGUUCCUACUUUAGGGGUAUCACGCGGCAUAGGGUGACGCUCGAGGGACGGUAUUGGGUCAUGGUGAUUUCUAGUCCGUUACUUGCGGAAGCUUUUCGACUUGAUGUGGCAAACGCACUGAAUGUUGCAUCGGAGGAUGUGCAGCAUCUCGAGCUCGUAGCGGGUAGUUUGGUGGGUACUUUUGCUGUUGUGCAUUCUUGCGAUUUGCUGACGACUGCCGAGGCGGAUGAGAAGCUGCGGGCGUACCAUUUUCCGCUGACGUGGGCGCAAUACCCCGAGACGCCCGACACGGCGGCUGGUCACUUUUUUGAGAGAGAGGCUCUGACGACCAUCCGGCGGAGCUCACGCCCUGUCAGCUCAGUAUCGAAGCGUCUAGUAGCUCCUGCCGAUACGGAGUUGCUCUUGACAGCCUCUGGCAGACGAACGCCGCAACGCCUACCGGUGGUGUCUCAAGAGGCGUCGAGGAGCGUGUUGUCUUCAUGUGCUCAAACUCACUCUGCACCAAUGAUUGCGUCUGUGGAGCUUGAGACACUUUUUGUGGCAUCUACUGUGCACGAAGCUCUUCCUCUGAGUGAGAAACAGACGUCGACGAGCGACCUUCCCUUUCCUGUGUGUCUCGAGAAGAUCAAUGUUAGUGAGCCAUCCAUGAAGUUGCGCGGGUGCACGGGUCCGGCGCCACUGGUAAAGGAGGUGCAGGGCUCGAAUGUUCCCGAGACGGUGAGCACCAAGCACCGUGUUGGCUUUGUGGGGCAUUGGUGGACCGUAAUUUUGAAGACACAUAAGGACGACUUCGUGGCCGCAUUCGUGAGGGACACUGACGAGAAGCUCGGCUAUGCGCCGGACUCGGUGGAUAAGGUGCAGUGCAACGAGGACACUGGUGACACCAUCGUCACCUUUCGCGUCACCCACCCAAGCACGCUGCUGAGCAAGAACAUCGACUUGCUACUCCGUAGUGCUCCCUACGCUGAUGUAUGGGCGCUGUACUACAAGUACGCCCCGUCAGGGGCACAGGAGGAGACGUGCAUUGGUGUCACGACAUACCACCGCGUUGGUUUUGUUGGAAGUAAGUGGAAGGAUGUCCUGGGUCGCGAUAUGGCUCGCUUUAAGGACGCAUUUGCAGCUGACACGGCGACUGCUCUGAAUAUAACCCCCCAAGUGGUGAGGAUCGCCGACUACGCUGUAGCCGAUGACAUUGUAGUGGCCUUCUACGUUACCCACUCGGUAACAGACUCAGAGCAAGCUGUCGAUGCCAAGCUCGAGCUCUUCAACUAUCAACGCGUUUGGGACCUCUACGGAAAUCUGAACGAGAUGGAUGAGCUGCAGCGCGUCGUUCCGUGCGUAAUGAAGCGAAGUCCAGCCUCCCACCACACCUCAUCUUCCUUGUCUGGCCGACCGUGGGCGCAGCACACUAGCUCUGUUUCAGCAACGGGAGGCUUCUGUCCGAACUGCCGAGGAUCUUUCUCUCCCCAACAAGAGUUCCUACAGCUGGGCGAAAGUGGUGGCUGGCAAGCACAGUCUGUGCACAGUCACUGUAGUUCCAGUGGCGAUGCCGUCCACACCACGCUCAUGGAGGACAACUACCUAGCAAUCCGCCGGUCACCGCGAACACCGCCGAUUCCACAGCUGGCACGUCGGUUCACUUCACAUGCUCGCUCUGAAAUGAAAACUUCCCAGUCGUCGAGCGUGCAACAUAGAGGUGGUACAUCUAUCGCACACGGCGCACAGAUGACCCCCCGUCCGCCUUGGUACCCUAGCACCAACAGCAGCCACAUUCCGCACCCGCCGCGACAGCACUCUUUUAGCAACACUACGCGGCAUCUUCAGCGUCGCGUCAAUCUACGCGAACUGGAGAGCGAGCUGUCACACAAACAACGCAAGCGCAAGUACCAGGAACGUCAAGAGCAACUUGAUCGAGAGAUGCGUCGCUCUCUUAACUGCAGCAGAUCAUCGCACUCUACCGGUGCCAAUACAAGCGUGCCACGGGGCUUCCUGCCACACAUUCCGGUUCGCUAUACAAGGGUGCGACCAAAUCUCCAACACACUAAGAAUGGGCUUGGCCAUCCGCUGGAGUAG